AUGACGCUUUUACAAGAACGCACUAACUUCACAAACUUCUCUACACUCACACACACAGCAACACCACCCACACCUUCCCCUGUCAUCCCACUCCCUCACUCCAACCACAUUCAAAAGAACCAGAGUGCACAAACAGAGGAGGACCCAGGCUACUACUCCAGCGGAACCCCAGAAGAACAGAUGAAGCAAGGAUUAAAUAGAGACCUUGACAAAAUGGAAGGAGAGACGAGAGUUCACAACAACCGUCUCUACCACGCGAAGAAAAUCAAAACCUUUAAAUCGUCUCGCCCGCCACUGACUUGCCUUCCUACAUCCAUCUCCGUGACUCCACCACCACCACCACUAUCACCAGCGCAGCCUCCACCACCAGCGCACACUCCAGGGUUGCCAGAUAAGCCCAACAAGUUUCUGGUUCCGCCAAGUAAGGUGGAACGAGUGGAAAAUGAAGGGCGCUCUCUGGAAGGUGAGCGUGAGUACAGGUGUGAGGAGCGGGGAUGUGGGCGCGCAUUCUGCCGUAACGAGGAGCUAACCAGACAUCUUAGAAUCCACUCUGGACACCGCCCAUUUACCUGCCAGAAGUGUGGGCGCCGCUUCGUCCGCCGCGACCACUUGACCAAACACCAGAGAACACACCUGCCCACACACGUCAAGCGCUCCUACACCUGUCCCUUACCUGCAUGCACUCACAGGUACACACGAUCAGACGCCCUCACCAGACACAUGUGGACCGCCCAUCAUGUGCGUGCCCGCCAGCCCGCCCGCGCCUCACGCCCACGGCCCCUCCAUCCCACGCCUCCGCCACGCCCUCACACCACCACCACCACCACCACCACCUCCUCCUUACCUGUCUUGAAGAUGGAGGUGUGUCGUUUGUAGUUGUUGUUGUUGUUGUUGUUGUUGUUUUCCUUCUUAUUUUUUUGUAUUUUAUUUUUAUUUUUUAAUCGUGUA